CGACGUUGACAGAUUAUAAUUGAAUUGUUAAAAAUAAAUUAUUUAAAUGCCCUUAUAUACUAGAAUAAUACUUAAUCGCAAUAAAGCAAGAUUUACCAAAAUUCAAAAUCACGAAGUGAGUUUUUUCUACAGUGUAUAUACUCGUACAUAUUAUGGCGUAUCCCAAAAAAUUGACAUUAUCAUACAUAUUUAACAUUUUAGUUUAAAAGUAACUAAACAUUUUAUUAUAAAUAACAAAACAACUUAGUACUUGGUUGUUUUAUUAGACUUGCGAAGUGUAAAAGAAGGCUAAAAAGACGGUUAUACACCAGGCGAUCAUAACCGAGUACGUGUGACAAGGACGUGGUGUACUGAACAAGGAUCACAACAGUACAAUCAUUGCGGUCUGUGAUUGAUAAGCGUGUGAGUACGUAUUUUUAAGAAACAGAUAGCGCCUCAUCAUAUUGCGUUCUCUUUCAUUUGGCACAACGUCACGUGCUCUGACCAAUUGCAACAUACCGGUUUCCUCCACACAGCGGACACACGUAGGCAUUACGUAUUUGUUUAGCCCAAGUUUUUAAUCACAUUUUAUUUAUAUCCAUAAAUUACAUAAUUAAUUUGGACAUGUCAAUGAAGCGGACUCCACCUAAGGCCAUGAAGAAGAUUCAUGACAACAUGUCUAAUGUGGAUCAAUACUCGGAUACUGCCUCUGAUAUAUUACUAUCCGAUAAAGAUACAGAAAAUUCACAAUAUUAUUCACGUAGAAAUAAACGCAAACAUGGCGAUACAUCGUUGACCGAGCUUAAGGAAAUGUUAAUGGAUCUAAAAUUACAGCAAAAUGAAAAAUUCUCAUCAUUUCAAAAUGAUAUUUUGUCUAUUGGACAACAAUAUUCCGAAAUUCAAAAAUCUCUUGAGUUUAUGUCGGCCAAAUACGACGACGUGUUGGUUAAAUUAGACAAAGUUCAACAAGAAAACAAGGAUUAUAAAACUCGUAUUCAUAUGUUGGAAAAUAAGAUUGAUUUACUGGAAUGUUCAAGCAGGACGGCUACUAUGGAGUUGAGAAACCUCCCUUUGCUCAAAACUGAAAAUAAGACUACUUUAAGUGCAAUCGUUUGUAAACUAAGUGAAGUGAUUAACCAACCUGUCCAAGUGAACCAAAUACGUGACAUUUAUAGAGUGAAAUCGCAAUCACAGAAAAUAAGUCCUAUAAUUGUCGAAUUUAUAAACGUCUGCACCAAAGAAAAUAUGAUAAGAUCCGCCAUAUCCUAUAAUAAAUGCAACAAGGAACAUAAGCUGAAUUCAAGCAACUUAUUAAUUGAUGGGCCUCCAAGGCCUAUUUAUCUAACAGAUUCUUUAUCGUCUAAAAAUAGGCGACUAUACUUUUUAUCAAGAGAAUUCGCAAGGAAACAUGGUUGCGUUGGUUGCUGGACGUCGUAUGGGAAAGUCUACUUAAAGAUAAAAGAAGAUAUGCCUCCAAUCCGCAUAAAACAUGAGGAAGAUCUCGAAAAAUUAUUUAAAUGACUAGCCAUGUUUUGCUUUCUGUUGUUUCCGUUGUGUCCUUGUUACCAUGAAAACGAUUUUGCUCAAAUAAUUUUAUUAACCUUAAACAAACUUUCUUUUACACAUGCACAUCUUAUACACCCAAUUUACACACAUAAUACAUUUGAUAUUCCCCAAUGCAUUAUUUCAGUAAUAUAUAAAAUAAAAAAGUUACACAGUGAAUUAAAUUACAUUGAUAUAUAUAACCAUCAAUUUGUUGUGAUCAUGAUAGUGCUGUUGAAUGUACCCACAUUAUUAUUUGCUAUUAAAUAUCGGAAUAGGAAAAGACUUUAUUUAUGUGUUUCCUUUUCGUGGCCUAAUGCAAAAUUCUUUUACAUUUUUAAACUAUUUUAUUAUAAUGGAAGUGAAUGGAACAGGUAUAAACUCAAUUUUAUCAACGUCUAUAGUAUUUGUAGACGUAUGUUUUACUACCCUGUUUACAAACAACAACUUUAUGUUUUGAACCUCAUUAAUGAUUUUGUUGUAGAUUUAAUAUUUAUGUAGUGAAUGACUUGUAGAUUUAAUAUUUAUUAUAACCAAAAGGCGCGGUUUCUGACAUCAUAAAUUCUGAAUUAGACGACUUUUCCAUUGCUACCUCAUCCAUCUGUGAUAUUGACAAUUGUAAACAAUUAAUAUCGAACACCCACAUGUCUUUCAAAAUUUUGCAUCAAAAUAUAAGAAGUAUAACAAAGAAUAUGCCGGAAUUACAUACAAUUAUAAGAAGAACAAAAAUAGAUUGGGAUAUAUUUAUUUUAACCGAAUGUUGGCUUCCGUCUUCACAUUUUAUUCCUUCCAUUGAGGGGUACUGUUGUGAGACUACAGUUAAAAAUUAUACACAAAAUGAGGGUGUAGUUAUUUACUAUAAAAAUGUGUAUAAUUUUAGAGUGGAGGAACCUAUAUUGAACGAUGCAAAUUGUCUUAUAUUGCAUGUCAACAAUGAUACAAUUUUAAUAGCUAUUUAUAGACCUUACGGAUAUAGGAAUUUAACCAAUUUUUUCAAUUCAUUCGACAUGUUACUGAGCAAAUAUAAAAAUUAUAGGAAUAUAAUAACUAUCGGUGAUAUAAACAUCGACAUUAAACCAAACAACACUGACUCGAACUCAUCCACUUAUUUAGAUUUGUUGGCAAUACAUGGCAUGUUACCAGGACAUACCAUACCUACACAUAAUAAAACUUGUCUAGAUCACAUUAUUUUGAAAACCAGACUUAAGGCUCACUGUUAUGUAUCUGAAACUUCUUUGACCGACCACGAUACAUUAAUUUUAAUAAUUGAUAAGAACAUUUAUCCUAAAACACUACCCGCUCCGACUAUUAAAAAAAUCAACUACGAAAGAAUUGACGGCGAGAUUUC